CGCGCUCUCCCUCGCCGCCCGCCGCGCACGCAGCCGCCCCGGCUCCCCGCGCCCGCGCCCGCGCCCCCCGCCGCCCGCCGAGCGAAGCGGGGCUGGGCUCGGUGCUGCUCAUGGAGAAAGUGCCGGGCGAGAUGGAGAUCGAGCGCCGGGAGCGCAGCGAGGAGCUCUCCGAGGCGGAGAGGAAGGCGGUGCAGGCGACGUGGGCCCGGCUCUAUGCCAACUGCGAGGACGUGGGGGUGGCCAUCCUGGUGAGGUUCUUCGUGAACUUCCCGUCGGCCAAGCAGUACUUCAGCCAGUUCCAGCACAUGGAGGAGCCGCUGGAGAUGGAGCGCAGCCCGCAGCUGCGGAAGCACGCCUGCCGGGUCAUGGGGGCCCUCAACUCCGUGGUGGAGAACCUGCACGACCCCGAGAAGGUGUCCUCUGUGCUCGCCCUGGUGGGCAAGGCCCACGCCCUCAAGCACAAGGUGGAGCCCGUGUACUUCAAGAUUCUCUCUGGGGUCAUUCUGGAGGUGAUCGCCGAGGAAUUUGCCAAUGACUUUCCGCCCGAGACGCAGAGAGCCUGGGCCAAGCUGCGUGGCCUCAUCUACAGCCAUGUGACCGCGGCCUACAAGGACGUGGGCUGGGUACAGCAGGUCCCCAACGCCACCACCCCGCCGGCCACGCUGCCUUCUCCCUCCUCGGGGCCGUAGGGCCCCUGCUGCCCUCCCCCCUCCCUGGCAGCGCCUUGAGCAGAAGGCCGAGUUCUGAAGACCCUCCUUGACCCUCCGUUGCUGGGUGCCAAGGAAGCCGGAGGAACCCCUGACUCAUCUUCCUGGAGAGAGGCCUCUGCCUGGGCCGCGGCGCCCUGAAGCCGCCGGGAGGUGGCACUGGAUGCUGACCCAGUGGCGGCCGGUGGCCUGUGGGGUGGGGGGCCCUUCCUCCUUGAAGAGCCAGGCCCCCUCUUCUUAGCUUUUCUACUCACCGUCCGAGACCUAGCUGAGCAGCUGGCAGGAAUCGGGGUCUGCGAGUCGCUGCAGGCUUCGCCAGCCCCGUUUCUAUCUGCCCGGCCAGCAUGCAGGUCUCGCGUCACCUCUAGAAUAUCACGCACACAUAUCUACCAUAUAUACGAUAUAUUCUAUAUGCAGCCUAUAUAAAGAUAUAUAUACAUUCCCAUCUAGACUGUGUCCCUGCGGGGCCCAGCCGCCCACGGGAGGCCUAGGCUCCGCUCCCCUGUGCGUGGGGCAGGGAGGGGCCCCGCACAUGCUUCUGGGCCGAGGACGGAGUGUCCUGGCGGAGAUGGGGGUCCCGCAUCAGCACAGAGAGGAUCGGGGCCUGUGGGCGGAGUUGGGGUGACCCAAGGGCUUGCGUGGGCAGGACUGGGGUGACGCAGCCCAUUCUCGGACCAGCUCCCACAUUCCUGCAAGGAGGGUUUGGCUCUCCCCACCUUGACCCCACACAAAAGGAUGUGUGUGGCUCCCUGCCCUGCUCCCUAACAGUCAAGGGCAGGCCGGGGGGGGGGGGCGGGGGGGGGCCCGCAGUUCAAGGACAGGACGCCUGUGCUGGGGGAGGGGCGGAGGUAGAGCCCCAUCUGCCUUUGUCACGAAGACAGCCCAGCCCCGGCGGGAGGAGGGGCGAUGGGACAGGACCAGCUGCCUCCAUCUCCUCCCGGAGCUCCAGAGCUCCGAGGCCGGGACCUUCCGCCCACCCCUUCCUCCAUCUGGGUCAGAGCCGCGGGGACACCCCCGAGUGUGCCCCUUGGUCACGUGUGUCGUCCUCAGGAUGUUCUGCUGCUGUGACUGUUGUGCCGUGUCCCCUCCUGUCCCAUCUCGCCCAGCCAUCCGUGUGACUGCCUGUCCUCCUUUUGUAGUUUCUGAUGUUUGUAACCAGACCCAGCCGUGUCAUUAAACAGACUCCUCUUCCUGUGUC